AUGGCUGUCAAGACGAGAGAGCGCAUCAUCGUUGUCGGUGCCGGCGUCUUUGGCGCCUCCACGGCCCUCGCUUUCCAGUACAGCAACACGUACAAGGACUACGACAUUGUCGUUGUUGACCGUGAUCCCCACGCGGACCCUGCCUCGGCGUCCCACGACCUCUCCAAGAUUGUCAGGAGUGACUACGCCAUCCCGGUUCACAUCGAGAUGGCGCGGGCUGCCAUGGACAUGUGGCUCGAGGACCCCUUUUUCAAAGAGUUCUUCCACCGUGUGGGCAUGUACCGGUGCCAGCCGGACGACUUCAACCAGCAGAGCCUCCAGGCGUACAAGCAGCUCGGAUAUCCCACCAAGUCUCGGUGGAUGACGGUCGACGAGGUGCGCAAGCAGACGCCCGUCUUUGCCAACGCCGACUUUGGGACCUCGGACAAGGUGAUGUACAACCCUGACUUUGGCUACGUCGAUGCCGCGCUUGCCUUGGAGGCGACCCGUCGGGAAGCCUUCAGCCACCCGAGAGUCGAUCUCGUCGUGGGGGACGUGCAGAACCUCACCUUUGAUGAGUCCGGCCACUGCGCGGGCGUCAACGUCUUGCUGCAGGACGGCACCACUCAGGAGCUCAGGGGCAAGGUGGUGCUGUGCACCGGCGCGCGAACUGCCACCUUGCUCGAGAAGAGCGCCCCCGAGAGGAAGGAGCUCCACGCUGGCGAGAGACUCAAAGCCACCGGCGCCAUCAGCUUCACCGUACGCAUCGACGGCGAGCUCAAGGAGCGUUUCGACGCCGGCCCCGUCCCCGUCUGGAAGAACCGAGUGAAUGAAGUGAUGGGCGAGCUGGUGUCGUACAAGUACGGCUUGCUCAAGUUCAACCGCGACGGAUGCUGGACGCUUGAGAAGGACAGGGAAAUCCUCGUCCCAACCGACGCGAACCUGACCCGGUGGGUCGACGACAUUGACCAGAACGACAUCAAGAAGCUCUGUCGUGAGACCCUGGUUGGUCUGUGUGGCAAGGAGCUCGAGAGCUGCGAGAUUGAAGAGUACCGUUUCUGCUGGGACUCGUACACCCCCAACCACGACUUCUUCAUCGGUGAGCACCCCCGCUGCGACAACCUCUACCUCGCCACGGGCGGCUCGUUCCACGGCUGGAAGUUCCUGCCCGUCAUCGGCAAAAAGGUGGUUGCCAUGCUGGAGGGCAAGCUCUCGGAGCAGGAAAAGCAGAUGUGGGCGUGGGACCGCACGAACCCCGACGCCGCCAACACCACAUACCACGUCAACGGCGCGCUGGAGGAGAUGCAGUAG